GAGAGAGAAUGUGUGUGUGUGUGUGUGUGUGUGUGUGUGUGUGCAGUCACAGAUUUUAAAGAUACAUUUUAAAGCAAGAAUAGUGCAAAGCAGUAAGUUAUAUAAAAAAACUACGAAAAAAAACCUAUUCUAACUUUUCCUUGCUCACAGGAGUAACAGAACAGCUUGACAUUGUCAAAAGGGCCUAAAUUGUGCUCGCACAGGUCGUUCUCUAUCGAAUCUGAUAGAUGCCAUCAUGUUUUGGACAGCGUGUAAAGCUCCGCUGCACUGAAUCAUCUUGUGAGAACACACCAGAGGUUUGGGCUGAAUGGCAAAGAAGACGUACAAGAUUAGGAUUCUUCAGUAAACGUACAGAUGCAGCCUAAAUAUUUUUCUCAACUAUGAGCAAAGAUGUUUGCCAUCUCUGACUGUAAAGAACACAUGCAGUGAAUGUUGAAAUGUAUUAUGUAUGUGGACAUUUAUGUGUUUAAAAAAAAGGUUCCAACAUCCACAGUAUGUCGAAUAUGUUACAAGAUUGCCGAUAUGGAUUUUCUGUAGUGGCACUUGAUGUAUUCAUAUCAGAAAACUUGGGAAUCACAUUAGGGAAAUCUUCGGCCAAACAAGUAAAUAAAUUAAAUUAACGGACCUCACGCUUCUCACUUUCUGACCCUAUCUCCAACAUAGAUAUAAAUAUUUACAGGAGCUGGAGGAGUCUGUUUCUGCUUUGAUGUGUAAAAACCAUAGCAACAAGUUCAGUGAUGAUGCACUAAGUAUGAAAUCUGAUUAUUUUUUCUUUUGAGUUUUUCCCCCGCCCGUAACUGGAUUAUAUUUCACCCCUGAGAAUCAUUGUCAGCUACUCACAGAGAAGGUGCGAUUAUGGAAUGAUGUGAUUAUGGAGGCAGUGUGACUGCCAGUGAUUUAACCUCAUCACUCAUCUCUGGCUGGACUGGGAAGAUUUGAAUAACUUAGUUUUAUGUAGUUACUGAUUGUACUUUCUGUAAUCCGACGGAUGGCUGAACACAGAUAAUAUUGCUGAUGAGACCAAAAGUCCUCCUCUGGCAGAAUAACUAACAACUUCACUUACUGAAAACAGACAGAUGUCUAAGGAGUGUUGGACAUUCUUUUUCGCUUUCCAUCUGUGAAAAACAUUUCAAAAGUAGUAAAAAUAAAUGGAUUCCCUCUACAAUAAUACAAUAAUACCCAAGCCGCCCCAUUGCUACUGAGAGGCACCACAUUGUGCAGCUCCAUGUGAGUGAGGGAGUUUGAGCAUCAUCACCACCACGUGGUCGGUUUUCAGCAUAGCAGCUGCUUUGGGGCCACUGAAUUACAUAGCACUAACCCCGGGUGAAGAAAAGGCACUGAAGGGGUUAAUGACUUCACGCUCAAUUCAAGGUCAUCAGCAGAAAGCCACAGGAAGUCGGGGUGACCGCUGCUUUACCGCUGGAAGAUGCAUUGUCACCCUCUUGCAUGCGUGACCCAUUAGCGUUAACACGCUGGUUGAACUGUCAGGCGUCAGGCGAGUGAAGACCCUCUUCUCCCUAAAGGUUAUCUGUGGGUUUGAAUCAAGAAAAGGAAGCGUUCCCCUCCCGCUGGAUCCAUCGUGACGGGAUGAGCUUGAUGUAACAGGUGGGCCUGGAUCAGCAUUUAUCUCAUCCUGUGUCCGGUAUCUCACUGACUGUACUUUCAGAAGCAGGGAAGGCACAUAACCUAUUUGAGAACACAGUUGAAUGAAAAUCUCAAGUGUUACAGCCGAUUGUGGGAUAAUAUAACAAAUCUAUGCAUUCUCACUCAAUACAUAACAAUAAUUAUUGUUUCUUGUUUCUAUCAUUUCUUUUCCUCCAGUUAGACUGUUCAUUAUGUCAGGCUCCUCUGACACUUUAAAGUUUCGUCUCCCUACCCACGGUGACGCCGUCCUCGGCAGAAUCAACGCCCUGAGAGAGGACCACCGCUUCUGUGAUGUCACACUCCUUCUCGGGGGUCCACGGCGCGCCACUGUCCAGCCCCUCCAUUUCCACGGCCACCGAGUGGUGCUCGCCGCGUCCUCGGACUUCCUGCGCGACCAGUUCCUGCUUCACCAAGGCCGGGCGGAGCUGAGCGUGGGUGUCGUCUCCAGCGUGGAGGUCCCUCUGAGGGAGCUGGUGAACUACCUCACUACAGCCAGUGCACUUCAGAUGAGCCAUGUGGUGGAGAAGUGUGCCCAGGCUGUGUCCCAGUACCUCAGUCCGACCCUGGCUUUCUUGAAACCGGAGGGACAUUCAGAGGAGAAGGAAAUCCUGCAGGUAGCCAGUGGCUGGCCAGGCCCCAGCAUCCAAAGUCGGGAGGAAAGGGAUGCAGCCCAACCCAGCACCAGUCACCAGGAAGCAAGUGCAGAGGAAGGGGACACCAUUGUGAUUCAGUCCAAGUCGAGCAAAGGAGCCAAGGUGGAAAGUCAAGAACUGAGGGAGGCUAGUGAGGAGGGGAGGGCGGUUAAAGCUGAAAUACAAUCAUCUGAAGAUGCGGCCUGUUGUUUCAACACUGUGAAGUCAGAAGAAGUUGAAGUUCACACAAAUAAGCCAUCCCAUCAAGUUCACCACACUACAAGUGCCCUGAGAUGUGAGCUACACCCUCCUACAGGUGUACAAGAUCACGUAUCCUCCACAACCAUAGGAACUCAACAGGAGGAGGUGGCCGACAGCUCCCACAUCCCAAAUGAAAAGCCCACAGUGGCCGCUCAACUGCAAGAACGUGGAGAGCUGACGGGCUCCAGUUUAUUUUGCGUCUUUGGAGCACGUCCGUCAAUCAGUCGUCGCUCUGGAGACGAGCUGACAGAAGAUUCCGACGGCAUAUUGGUCCAGAGGCCAUUCCUGUGCAGGAGGUGUGACAGAGUCUUCCAGCACCUGGAAAGCUACGUGGGACACUUGAAGGAGCACAGACGCCACCAGUGUUUGGUCUGCGGGGAGGGCUUUACCCAGAGGAGUAACCUGUCUCACCACAUACACAUCCACUCUGGUGUCAAGCCCUUCAGGUGCCCGCUGUGCCACAAGACGUUUUCUCGAAAAGCAACACUGCAAGACCACUUCAACCUGCACACAGGGGCCAAGCCCCAUAGGUGUAAGUACUGUGCUGUACACUUUGCCCACAAGCCAGGCCUCAGGCGCCACCUGAAGGAUGUUCACGGUAAGAGUAACCUGCAAAACAUGCCUAAGGAGACUGGGCACUUAGAAUAACACUGCAGUUAUUACAGAUUAUGUUGAGGUCUUGAAAGGUGUUUGUCUUAAUAAUUAUUCUGGGAAAAUGGCAAAAAAACGUACCAGAACGCACAAUAAUCAAUAUGACACAAAUGACCCUGACUUUGAAAAGGGACGUUGAUAUAUAAAAAAAGGAUUAUUUAGUGUUAAAUUGAUUCUUUUAAAUAUUUUGAGCAAAAAUAGUCUUGGUCAGUUAUCAUUAGCUAAUGCAUUUGCACAUCAGGCUCGAAGUAGGAUGGCACCUUCUUGUAGAUAGAUAGAUAGAUAGAUAGAUAGAUAGAUAGAUAGAUAGAGAGAUAGAUAGAUAGAGACUGCAGCGAGACUAUAGGGCUUCCCAGAAAAGCUUUGCUUCACCAUUUGACCCGUCUGAAAUUGUGUGCAGCUCACCGAGCAUUACACUUGUAAGUGAUUCGGGUGUCCCACAUGGCUGAGAGGGUUUCCAUGCUCUCUCACCGUGUUCUUCCACAUCACACGUCUCCUUUUCCUCCGUCUUUUAUCUUUUUGGCCCAGAAGUGUCACUCAUCUGAGUGAAUGGAACGCUGGCGUCUGAGAUGCCACUGGCAGGAAAAUGUGUGACUCUUUGGGCAGACGAGUAAUGAAUGCACGGGCGUGAGAGGGUGCAGAGGAUACACAAAAUAUAGGGUUAGAUAUACCAAUAUAUAUACAUAUACUGUAUAUCCUUGCAUAUAUAACGUUGAAAGAAUUAGCCAGACAAGAUAUUUGGUUUUACGUGGUUUGAUCAUGUGAUUGUAACACUGAUGUCAAAUCUGGUUGUGAAUCUGCCAGGCAAAAAUACUUACAGUACAUGCACACGUGACAUAAAUAAACAUAAAGAGAGAAACUAAUUGUUCUGCUUUGUGAUUUAAUUGAGUUUUUUGUUGCUGUAAAUAUGCCUGAGUACAAUUUGUCUCGUCAUGUAUAAGUGAUUUUGUGCAACAACAGAAAACUAGCAGGAAAUUAUCUAAAUGAGGCUGUUUUUUGGGGUAUUAUUUGUAAUUUUCUUUGAUUAGUGACAUAACACUAAAUACUGGCAUUUUGUGCAA